CCCGGUUACCAGUUCACCCUUUCAAAUUAAAACGCAACCACGUGACUUCCGCUACUACCAAAGCAGAUUUGCUGGUUGCUUUAAGUAACAUCACCGCUGUUCUGGUCAAGAAGGCCAAAUAGCUGAAGCGUCAUGUUGCGACUGCCGACUGUUGGCCGAGCUCUGACGGGAGCCACCAAGGCCAGCCUGGCUGCUCCCAGUCCUGUGCGGACUCCUGUGCGUGCGGCCAGCAACAUGGUGGAAGUGUUUGUGGACGGGAAACCGGUGGAGGUGGAGCCUGGAACCACGGUGCUGCAGGCUUGUGAUAAGGCAGGAAUCCAGAUCCCACGCUUCUGCUACCACGAGCGCCUGUCGGUGGCGGGAAACUGCCGCAUGUGUCUGGUGGAGAUUGAAAAAGCUCCAAAGCCUGUCGCCGCCUGCGCCAUGCCGGUCAUGAAGGGCUGGAACAUCCUCACCAACUCUGAGAAGACCCGCAAAGCCAGGGAGGGCGUGAUGGAGUUCCUGCUGGCCAACCACCCGCUGGACUGCCCCAUCUGCGAUCAGGGAGGGGAGUGCGACCUGCAGGAUCAGUCCAUGCAGUUCGGCUCGGACCGCAGCCGCUUCACGGAGGGCAAGCGGGCGGUGGAGGACAAAAACAUCGGGCCUCUCAUCAAGACCAUCAUGACCCGCUGCAUCCAGUGCACCCGCUGCGUCCGGUUUGCCAGUGAGAUCGCCGGAGUGGAAGACUUGGGAACGACGGGAAGAGGGAACGACCUGCAGAUCGGGACGUACGUGGAGAAGAUGUUCAUGUCGGAGCUGUCGGGGAACGUCAUCGACGUGUGUCCCGUCGGCGCCCUCACCUCCAAACCGUACGCCUUCACGGCGCGGCCGUGGGAGACCAGGAAAACGGAGUCGAUCGACGUGCUGGACGCCGUGGGCAGCAACAUCGUGGUGAGCACCAGAGGAGGGGAGGUGAUGAGGGUGAUGCCGCGGCUCCACGAAGACAUCAACGAGGAGUGGAUCUCUGAUAAAACCAGGUUUGCGUACGACGGUCUGAAGAGGCAGCGGCUAACUCAGCCAAUGGUGAAGGACGAAGCCGGUCAGCUGACCCCCACCUCCUGGGAGGACGCCCUGACCCGCGUCGCUGGAGCUCUUCAGAGCGUUCAGGGAAACGAGGUCGCCGGCAUCGCCGGAGGCCUGGUGGACGCCGAGGCUCUGAUCGCCCUCAAAGACCUUCUCAACAGACUGGACUCGGAGAACCUGUGCACAGAGGAGCUCUUCCCCAUGGCGGGGGCAGGCACCGACCUGCGCUCCAACUACCUUCUGAACAGCCGCAUCGCCGGCGUCGAGGAAUGCGACCUGCUGUUGCUGGUUGGAACCAACCCCCGCUACGAAGCUCCGCUUUUCAACGCCAGAAUCCGCAAAAGCUGGCUUCACAACGACCUGCGAGUCGCCAUGGUGGGUCACAGCGUGGACCUGACCUACAGCUACGAUCACCUGGGGGAGGAGACAUCGGUCCUGACCCAGCUGGCUAACGGCACGCACCCCUUCUGCCAGGUCCUCGCCGCCGCCAAGCGUCCCGUCGUGGUCGUGGGCAGCAGCGCCUUGCAGAGGGAGGACGGCGCGGCCAUCCUGAGCACCGUCUCCACCAUCGCUCAGAACGCCAGGACCAGCAGCGGGGUGGAGGAUGGCUGGAAGGUUCUAAACGUCCUGCACAGAGUGGCCAGCCAGGUGGCCGCGUUGGAUCUGGGGUACAAGGCGGGAGUGGACGCCAUCAGGAAGAACCCGCCCAAAGUCCUGUUCCUGCUGGGAGCCGACGCGGGCUGCAUCACCCGAGCCGACCUGCCUGAAGGAAGCCUCAUCGUCUACCAAGGUCACCAUGGCGACGUGGGCGCCCCCAUGGCCGACAUCAUCUUGCCCGGCGCCGCGUACACGGAGAAAAGCGGCACCUAUGUAAACACGGAGGGGCGGAGCCAGCACACCAAGGUGGCAGUGACGGCUCCCGGGAUGGCCCGUGAGGACUGGAAGGUCAUCCGAGCCGUGUCAGAGCUGGCUGGAGUCACUCUACCCUACGACACGCUGGAUCAGGUCCGGUCCAGGCUGGCAGAGGUCUCCCCCAACCUGGUCCGUUACGACGACGUGGAGGGGGCGAACUACUUCAAACAGGCCAACGAGCUCGCUAUGACGGUGAAUCAGAACCUCAUAGCAGCUCCUCUGGUGCCUCCUCAGGUCUCUGCAAAGGAUUUCUACAUGACAGACCCCAUCAGCAGAGCGUCCCAGACGAUGGCCAAGUGUGUGAAGGCUCUCACGGAGGGAGCCGCCGCCGUGGACGAGCCGUCAGUCUGCUAAAACCCCUUUCUCCUCCCGUCCUUAAACGCACCAUGCUCUAUAAUUUAAAGUUUCCAUGUUACCUGUGUAUACUUAUAAACCGUUUUCUCCCCGCAAAACAGCUUUGUUGAUUCAAUAUAAAUAAAAUCUGGUUUAAAUGACUUUCA